UCACCGUCAAUGGCCUCAUCGGAAGUGCUGCAAAUUGGAGAUUUGCUGCAAAGCAAUUUGUGAAAAAGUACCCCGAAGAUAUUGUUGUCCACUGCAGUGAAUCUAAUUAUUCAAGCUUGACCUUCGAUGGUGUUGAUGUAAUGGGAGAGAGACUUGCAAAAGAGGUGGUAUCAGUUGUUGCACAUAGGCCAGAGCUUCGGAAGAUCUCUUUUCUAAGUCAUUCACUAGGUGGCGUGGUAGCAAGAUAUGCAAUUGCUAGACUGUACACACAAAAUGAUGAAAGGAGUUUUCCUGAAGAAAGUGGAGAUUGUAAGACUUGUAAUUCUGGAAUUCACUGUUUAGAAUACAAACUGAAAGGCAAAAUAGCAGGGCUUGAGCCUGUUAAUUUUAUAACCUUUGCAACACCUCACCUUGGCUCAAGGUUUCACAAGCAGAUGCCAAUUCUUCGUGGUUCUGCAGCAUUAGAAAAGGUGGCAUGUCGCAUUUCAUGGAUCGCUGGGAGAACAGGGAAACAACUCUUCCUCAAAGAUCAUGAUGACGGAAAACCUCCUCUUCUCCUUCAAAUGGUCUAUGAUAAUGAAGACCUCCAAUUCAUGUCUGCGUUGCAAUGUUUUAACCGCCGUGUUGCUUACUCAAAUGUCUGUUUUGACUUCGCUGUUGGAUGGAAGACAUCGUCGAUACGUAGUCAGCCUGAGUUACCAAAGCGCCAAAACUUUAUGAAGAACGAGAGGUAUCCACACAUUGUGUAUGAGGAGGAAGCGAAGGUUGAUACUUUAGAACACGAAGACAUUGUUGAGUCAAUUGUUUCUCGACCAAUGACUACAGCGGAGAUGGAAGGUGAAAGCAUACUCUAUAAAUUCAGACGGUGCAGAUGUGAUCUUUCACAUGAUUGACCAUUUUGUUUUAUAGUCAACACACGCGGCAAGGAGAUUGCCUAUUUUUAGAGACUACCUUGCUUCCUUUUUCUAGAAAUUAUUGUUAAUCAAGAAAAUCAUAGAGAUGUAAUUUUCUCCAUGCAGAAUGAGAUUCAAUAGGUGAUACUGUAACAUUCGAUUAUAUGUAAAUUUGAGGAGGAAAUGAAGUGCGCUAUGGCUUAAGCUUAAAGCCAUUGGAAGUUAAUACAGAGUGCUGAUGUAUAUGAACAGGAUAGACACUAAUCCAUUAUGGAAUUAAUAAGCAUUUGAUUCUUUUA